AUGUCCUCUCCCCCACACUUGGACCAGAUCCGGUCCAUGCCAAUUACCCGCGAGGGGGUCUUUCCAGCGGACGAGAGCCUCCGCAGCAGGACUGGGAUUCCAGAAACGGUCUGCUGCAGAGUGACCUUGAGCAUCCGUUCACCUCUGGACUUCGUGGGCACUUUUAGUAACCGAUGGUCCUAUGGAAUCGCCUUUGGGGCCACAGCCAAUAAGAUCAUGUUCUUGUUCUCGGAAGGCUACCAGCCCCUGCAGAUCCCGCAGUGGGCCCAAGCCUUCGUGCUUCUGAUCGGAGGCGUCGAAGUUGGCCUGUCCCACUUCCCCUUCUUUGCCUGCCUCUCAUCGGAGUUCCGGCUGGUCAGCUCCAUCCUGGGCUUCAGCUACUCUCUGACCUGCCUCUCCUUGGGACUGCACACGAGUCUUCAGAAGCUCAGGCCAGCAUUCUGUCUGUUUCAUAGUGGGCCUUGGUGGGAACAGGCUGGUGCAGGCAGAUUUCUGUCCACAGCCCCACCUAGAUCCCUGCCCUGUUCACAGCUCCACCAGAUCCCUGCCCUGCCCCACCUAGACCUAGUGCCCAGUGGUCUGCUUCUGUUGCAGUUUUUGGGGCGGUAUGAGACCCUCGUGUUCUACUGGCCCUCACUGCUGUGCCUGUCCUUCCUGCUGGGCCGCUUCCUGUACAUGUUUGUCAAGUCUCUGAGGGUCCACCUGGGUUGGGAGCUCCAGACGGAAGAAAAGCCUUUCCUGGAACAUCACCAGGCCGAGCACGUCAAACAGCUUCUGAGGAGGCCCCCCCUGCAGGAGAAAAAAAAGUCUUGGUUCCAAACCAUGAUAUAUGAGUGGGACCCCUGUUUUCAGUUCCCAAGCAGAAUGAUUGGAACCACUGUGUUGGCUUUCAUCUGCUUGUACCUUUUCAUUGUCAUUGAGUUCUGCAUGUUCAUGUACGUGAGAGACGAGCUGGAUGUGUUUGAGGGCAAGUUGGAAAGCUACAUCACCUCCAUGAACCAGACAGGGAGCCUGACCCCAGUCAUCCUGCAGGUGAAAGAGCUGAUGAAUGUCACCAAAGGAGUCUGGGUAGUGACCAUUUUGCCCGCCUUCCUCACGUGUGCGAGCUAUCUGUUCCACAUUUUGGCUUGUUACAGAAAGCACAUUAAGAGGUUGUGGGCAGGAAAUAAACACUUUCUCCCCCUGAAGUUCCAUAAUCCGUCUUCAGCCGAGAGUGUGGUGGCCAUUGCAAGGUACUCUGGUUGGCAAAUCGCCUACAUUCUGUGGGGCUACCUUAUCAUCCACGUGGUACAGAGCCUGUGUGGCAUGAUGAUCACGUACGGCCUGGUGUUGCCUGUCAUCCACAACCGGGGCCUGGAGAUGCUCCACGGACUGGGCAUCGGGAUCCUCACCGUAUCCAUCGUCCUGGGUCUCAUGAUCCUACAGGUCUGGAUCGCCGCCAGCUUCUUCCUGCAACCAAAGAUGGGCACAGCUGACAAGCAGAAGCCCUUGGCACUCAACAACAGGAAAAUGUUCCACAACUUCAACUAUUUUCUGUUUUUCUACAACGUGCUGCUGGGCCUGGGCGCCUGCCUCUCCAGGCUGCUCAUCAGCUGCAUCCUGGGCACGUGGCUGAUUGCCCGCAUCGACAGGACCAUCAUGCAGAAUGGUUAUGAGAGAGCGGACAUGGGGUUCAGUGCAUGGAUUGGCAUGCUCUAUGUGGACCAUUAUCAUACCAACCCCGUGCUCGUCAGCUUUUGUCACAUCCUGAUCACAGGCCACAGGGAGAGGAGGCUGCAGCAGGCCAUCAAGUAUGGGUACCUAAAUCAGUCAUCAGGUCCCCGCAUCUCAGCCAGGUCCAGGACGAGGUGGCUCCUGCUGCAGACCCUGAUCAACAACCCCAACCUGGUUAUGCUCAGAAAAUCAAAAUCAGGUCAUGGCUCCCAGGAGUUUACCCAGAUCCUGCUGACGUGCUCGGAGAGCUGACGCUGACCUCUAACACUGCUCUAAGGCCAUUCCAGGAUGACUGCCCCUGAGAGAAGGCCCAGGCUGCCCAGCAGCUGCCCCUGCAAUGUCAUGGGAUGCACAGCCACUGUCCAUGUAGAUGGCGCACAGCACCAGCUGCUCAUGGGACGGCAUCUGGGCUGAACAAUGAUGCCUCGGAACUAAUUCACUCCCUUGGUAAAAAGAUCAGGAACCAAAGAGAAUUUCUGUUGAACAAACUGUGCCCUAUCAUGAUUUCUACUCUCCAUGGUUAGGAGGCAGCCUUGGAGAGUUCCAUGUUGAGAAGCACCUAGUUUGAUCACAAGGCAGAACUUUGUGUCACUGAAGGAGGUGGUAACAUUUCUAUAUCAGGAGAGUUCAACCAUCUGAUGCAAUUCUUCUGUGGAAGAAAGUAUGACCUUAAAUCAACAGGGUCCUCAUCAUUGCUUCCUCCUUUCCAAGCCUUAUGGUGAUGGGAGGAAGGAAAUCCUUGAUCCAGCCCCCAACCUGAUAGGGUGGGCAGGCCCACACUGAGCUGUCCCUGCCGUGGCCACGGGGAUGAGGAGCGGAUCAGACCUGACCUGGGCCUUGGUCACAAAGAUGUACACAUUCUCUCUGGCCAGGGGGAAUCCCCUGGGAAAACCACCUGAGGCGGCAGAGACAGGGUGCACAGGCAUUCUAGUUGGUGGACAAUAAGAGCAAAGGGCAGGGGCAGGACAGGCCCAGGCAUGUUUGAGGAGGGAAAGUCCUCUGGUGUCUGCAGUGCAGGGUGUUGGGGGCUGGUGAGGCCACCCAGGGAGGCCCAGAUGCCAGGCUGGGGAACCUGGACAUUCCUCUUUGUGCAGAGGGCCCAGUACUUACCCAAAUUCUUGACACCUGAGCAUAAGGUCUCUGAUGGCCCGGGACCUGUACAAAGUCUGACCAUUCAAAGUCACUCACGAAGCCUUUGCAAGUGCCAGGAGGACCCACCAGCAGGAUGCAGGAAGUCCCCGUCCACCUCACAAAGUCAUGGAAUUUCAGCAGUUAUUAGUGAGCACCUACUGUGAAUCCAGUCCUCUUGCUAGGCAUGUUGGCCAGGCUUAUUUCUUAUAACUUAAUCUCCACAACUGAGUUUGUCAUUCUGCUUUUAGAAACUGAGAAAACUCGGACGCAGAGUGUUGGGAGCCCCACACCACCACUUCCUAGCUGUGUGUCAUUGGUUAAAUUAGUUAGCCUUUCUGUGCUUCCUUUUCGCAACAUAAAAAGAGGGGUGACACCUGCAACACCCCAAAUUAUUUUAAGGAUAGAAUAUGUUAACACAUACAAACACUCCUAAGCUAGUGCCUGAUAUA